AUUAAAAUGUCUAACGUCAUUUUUGACAAAUCAGCGCGUGCAUCGAAGUCUUGGAUCGCUCUGAGACGACUUGACAAAAACGAUGACAGAGUGGUGGCUCUUCGAGAAGUGUCCAUUCCUCCAGCAGCUGAGGCCACUGUGAUCUUCCAGAUUAUCACCAAUACCUUUGGGCUGAACUCCUCCGAUGUCAUAUUCAAGUUAAGGAACCAGCGCGGCUGCCUGAUCCCUCUGAACAGCUCCAUCCCUGCUAACAGCAAGCACAUCCCUUUAGUGCUCGAGGUAUCCAAGAUCUUUCAGCAUGUGCGUCCCAAGGCCAGAACUAUUCCCAUGACUGUGAUCAACCAGAGCAUGAAGACCAGGCUGCAGACUAUUGACAGGAGGAUUCAGAGACUGGAGGAACUUCUGCCGCAGAUCAAACUCAGAUGCAACGAAAAACGAAGCCAGGAGAUUGAAUGUCUCAACCAGAAGUUGAGGUUCCUUCAUCAGAGAAUGCAGGUGGUAGAUUCUCGCAGCUGGAAGGGGGCGCUGACCAGGUCCCCGCUGUGGUAACAAACACACACAUUUCUGGCUGUAUUUACGAAACACAAACCAUCGGUUGGACUAUGGUUACGCUCAUCAUUCACUGCAGAACGUACAUUCCAUGUGUCACCAUGUAAGGAUGGAUGAUCUGGAUUUUGACAAUUUGUUUUUUAGGCCUGUAUCAUUUUUCCUCCAAAGUAUUUUUAGUAAAUCUCUUAUUUUUAGUUUGUAAAACCGAAAUCUUUUUCAUAUUUUUUUCAGCCGGGAAAUGUAGUCACGUCAUUAUACAGGAGGAAACACAUAUUUGUCACACUUGUGUGGUGUGCGUUAUUAUAAUUACUGUGGUAGCCAACCUGUGGUUUGACCAAAUGUCUGAACCUGUGAUAUAACCUUAUGUUGUAUAGCAUGACAUCAAUUCAAUAAAGGAGAAUAAGUGAGA